UAAUCCAUACUUAAAAUUAGUUAGUUUCAAUUCUGCGCUCAAAGAGCAACUCGCGGAAAAAUGUCUCGUUUCAUUAUUAUUAUUUUGGUGAAUUUUGUUUUCAUUUUGCAAAUUAAAAUUGGAUUUUGUCUGAAAAAUGAUACAUGUGCAGUGUGCGAUUGCAGUUGUGAUGUGGAAAUCGAUGUCGUUAAAAAAGUAAUGAAAGGCCUAAAAGAUGUGAAGAAGAGCACGGAUAAGAUCGAACAGCAAUUAACUGCAAAUCGAGCAACAAAUCCAUCGAGUUGUAUGGAAGCUGCAGCAACCAGCUUGAAAAGUGGCGUUUAUAAAAUUAAACUCGAAAAGUUGAAUAUCGCCGACUUAGAGGUAUUUUGUGACGAAGAUGUCGAUUUUGGAGGAUGGUUAGUUAUUCAACGGCGUCAAAGCGGCUCAGUAAGAUUUUAUAGAUGUUGGAAUGACUAUAAGAAGGGAUUUGGCGAUUUAACGGGAAACUAUUGGAUCGGUUUGGAAAAACUUCACGCGCUAACCAGCAGCUGUGAACAAGAGUUGUAUAUUCAAUUACAAAGGCGUAGUGGCGAAAAGUACCAUGCAAAAUAUGCAGAGUUCCUUAUUGGGCCUGAGUCACAGAGCUACACUUUGAAGAAAUUGGGUAAUUAUGGCGGAAAUGCUGGUGAUUCCUUAAGACAACAUUUGGGAAUGAAAUUUUCAACAUAUGAUCGUGAUAAUGAUAAUUUGGAAAACAAUUGUGCAAUGAAAUAUGAAGGCGCUUGGUGGUUUGACGAUUGUUAUUACAGUCACCUAAAUGGGGUCUACAAUGGUGAUUUUUACGGUGUGGCCUGGAAUGCCAUAAAAAAGGAAGAAUCCUUAUCGUUUUCGCAAAUGAUGAUACGACCAACCCAAAAUUGCUGGAGACGAUUGAUGUUGGGCAAUUUAAAUCGAUAUACCUAAAAUAAUUUUAUAUGUUGCGGUGCAUUCUCGUUGCUAAUGCACACUAUACUCUUUAUAUUGAAACUAUCUGGAUUCAAUUGGACUUUAAUAUUCUUAUUUACAAAAUCAAAAACACGUUUUUUUCUUUUCAAAUAAAAAUAUUAUACUUAUAAUGGCCUGAUAAUAAUA